UUCGUUGUGCGUAUAUGUUCCACAAAUUUUUGUGCUAAAGUUGACGCAAUAAGUGUGAUUGGGUGUUUGUUCCUGCUACAUCAAGAAAUGGAAUAUAAAUCCCUUUUAACUGAAUGGGGUUUGGGUGAUUUCAUUCCAGCUUUCGAAAAUGAAUGUGUCACAGAUGAGAGUUUUGAGCUAUUGGAUGACGCAACAAUAAACAUAAUUUUGAUAAAAAGUGGGCCAAGGCUACUUUUUAAAAAGAAAUUUUUUGAACACUUAAACGCAGCAAAGCCCGCCGCACUAGAAACUUCUCUACUACCGAAACAAUCGUUUUAUAAUUCUGAAGGCGCCAGCACCAGCACCAGCACCGUAUCUGAUUUUAUUUAUGAACCUGAUACAGACUUGCAAAAUAUAAUCAACCAAGCCUUGUACUCGGAUGAUGAUCUAGAACCAGAUGAAAGUACAUCGAUUGUCCCACCACCAACCAAAUUAGCUAAAAUUUCAUCAGGGACAUAUUUUAGAGAUAGUUUGGAAGAUAUCUUAAAAAAAACGGUUGAAGGUCAAAUACUACUGAGAAAUCGACGAAAAUUAAAAAAUGAUCAUCGACAGAAGUUAGUAAGGAUUGUAGUCAGUGAACUGUUAUUGAGCAGUAGGAAGUCAAUAAACAGAUUUGAAAAGAAAUUAGAAAUAAAAACAGAAGAUUUUAUUCGGACUGCAAAUGAUAUUGCAGCAUUAUUCCCAGGAGAAGCUGCAGAUACUUACUACUGCCCAUACACUGCUGCAAAAGAAGGACUAAGAAAAGUUCCUGCACGUGGGAAACUUUGGGCUAAGUUUAAUAAUAUCAAAGCAGCAGUGAAGUUAGCAAAUAAAAAUAAAAUUCUUACAAGUAAGGAAGCAACUGAAAACAUUGAUCCAAAUAUAUCCCAUCAAUUAAAUUCCUUAAAAUCGUUAUGCUCAAAAACUGAUAUAGUAUACUCUGAAGUAGUAGAACAUUGGGAAUUGACGUUUCAACUGAGAAAGAUAACAUAUGGUUCAACUGAUGUAGAGCAAAUAUAUAAUGAUUUUCCUAUAUUAAAUCAUCAUGAAUACGGAAUUGCUUUGCUUGAAUGUGAUUUUAAUCAACAAUAUCCGGACAAGAUUGAUAUAAUAUAUGAAACAUGGCCAAAAGUCAGUAAAGCUAUACUAGCCGAAUGUGAAGAUCGUCGAAUUACCAGUUGCGGUUAUAACUUGGAAGGGUAGAAUUAUUUCAAUUCUUCGAAAGCACUCUUUUGUUUGCCACUAUUAUUUUCUCCAAUAACAACCAGAAAAUCACAAGGAAAAUCCACCAAUAAAGAAGCGCAACCAUGGCGACCAACGCGCAAAGAAAUUCAGGAUAGUUUUUUUUGUAUUGUGGAGAACCAGGAAAAGUUUGCGCAUCACAUAGAGACACAAACACGCCUAUACGAGGGAAAAAAUUUGCCUUUACAACCUUUCGCUGUUUUGAUUGGGAAAGAUGAGUAUGUAAUUCACUUUAACAAAAUAAAUUACAAAGCGGGUUCAUCGACUAGAUGCUUAGAAUUAAUGUUUAAAUUACACCAUGCUUUAAAUUUAGAAUACAUUAAAUGUGCUAAACAUGUUUGGCAAACAAUUGAAGAAAUCGUGUUUAAAAUGCCAGUUACAUCUAAACAUAGCACAGCGGGCUCAGUGAUUUCUGAUAUUAACUUCCAUGUUCAAAAAUUAUUUCCCCAAACGGAUUGAAUACAAACAAUAGUUUUUAUUGUGACAUUGAAAUUUAUAUACAGUAAU